AUGACAUCAGAUCUCCCACCAGGUCGUGGCGCAGGCGCGAAGCCAGAUCCUUUCGACGGUCGUGAUCGUUACUAUGUUCCGUCCCCGGCCACGACGGCGGCACCGAGCAUGAAUCUCCGCGACAAAACCAGCAUGGCAAUCUACAACCAGGGAGACACCAACUCCUGUACCGCAAACGCCGCGGCUGCCGCCUUCUGGUUCGAGGAGAAGGUCAGGGGCGAUCCGACAUGGGGCAGCGACGGGCCCUCGCGCGCCUUCAUCUACUGGCUGGCCCGUGGCGGGUGGGACAAGAGCAAGAACUACGACUUCUCGCCCGUGGAGGACGACGGCUCCUGGCUCCGAAUGGCUAUGAACGGCAUCGCCAAAUGUGGCGCCUGUCCCGAGACCGAGUGCAGGUUUCCCGACAUCAAUACCAGCAGCGAGAUUAUCAAAAAGGCAAUCAAUGACAAACCUAAAACCCCGGCCUUCAACAAAGCCGAGAAGCAUACCAUCAAUUCAUACUACCGACUCGACGCGGACCGCCCUCUCGAAAAGGACGAGCAACUCUCGGACACGGAGAAAGACAAGCUCGGCGCAGAUUUGCUUCAGAAGCUGAAGCUGUGCUUAACGGAAGGCUUCCCCGUGUGCUUCACACUCUGGUUCUAUAUGAGCAAUGCCCAGGCCUGGAACACAACGUCCACUCCGUACAUGCUGAACGACCCGUGGAAGGCCGGGAAGGUCAAGCGUCACACCUUUUCUCACCAGAGCGGGCACAGCGUCGUGGCUGUGGGCUACGACGACAGCAAGGGCCAUGUCCUGGUGCAGAAUUCCUGGGGAGGAUCCGAACCGGGAGGGUGGGGGAAUGGCUUAUUCUGGAUGCCCUACAGCUAUGUCACGGAUUUCUACGGCACCGUGGAUUUCUGGACCAUUCGACUCAAUAAAAGCGUCACGCCCGGUGCACCCCAUGUUCGCUGGGAGCAGGUCAAUCAAGCCAUUCUCGGAACAGCUUGA